AUGUUGGAAUUUAUGGAAAUGAACGUACAGAUGUGCUGGCGGCUGAAGAGUCAGAAUCAACAAAAACAAACAAUAGCUCUUUUGAAUAAAAAAUGUAAUGAAUGCGAGAAUGAAAAAAGUGAAUUAGAAAUUAAAUGUGGAAAUCAAGAUGCCACAAUAACAGAUUUAAAUACAAAUGUGAGAGAUUUAGAACUUACUAUUGUGCAGCUUACAGAGAAAUUAGGAGACCCAGAAAAUGAAAUAGAGAAUUUAAAGAAGGAAAAUUUAACUCUUCAAGAUAAUCAAAAUAAAUUGAAAAAUAAUCUAGAAGAUCGAAACAAUACUGAAUUAAUGAAGCUUAGAAUCCAAUACGAUGAUGAAAAGAAACACUAUGAAACAAAAUAUGCAUUUAUGUUAGAUGAGAAAGACAGACAAAUUCAACAUAUCUCCGAAGACAAAGACAAACAAAUAAAAGACUUAGCUGAUGAAAAAGAAAAACUAACCGAUUUAAUAAAAUCAAAUAAUUCUAGUAUAAGUCGUCAACAACAAGAAGAAUUAAAUAGGGAAAUAAAUAUAAAUUUAAUGUCUCUUAAGGAAUACCAACUAAAAUUAGCCGCAUGUGAAAACGAUAUAAGGAUCCAGAAUAUACAAUUUCUGGAAUGCCAACAAGCCCUACAAAAAUGCAACUAUGAUAAACAAUCAGACCAAGAAGAAUAUAAUAAGCUAUUAAUAUCCCAAAACCAUUAUGUUCAGGAAUGCGAACAAAAACUACUAGCUUGUGAAAAUUCAAAACAAACUAAGUAUGAUGAAUACAAUACAUUAGUACAGAAUAUAAAUGAAGCAAAUAAAUAUAAUAUUGAAACAUUAGAGCGACUUUAUAAAAAACCUACAUUAUCGAAUAGCGAUAUAAUUCAUUGUUUUUCAAGCAUAUUUCCUUUAGAUGAUGAUAAUGAAUCAAAGGAAACAAGAAAAUCACAAAUUGAAGCAAUAAUAAAUCGGUUCAUUAGUUGUUGA